AUGUUCGCUCUGCGAUGGCUCAUGCCAACUGUCUUUCCCAUGCCUGACUUGUGUCCGCCUGAGCCUUGGUACGUAAGCAGCCUCUCAAACAUGUGCCGUCUGCUGGGGAAAUUCGCACGGAUUUUCCUCAAGGCCAAGUGUGUCCGAUAUCUCGACACGGAGGUUUUGGUUUCGCCGAUUCCUUCCCAAUUGUUGGGGGUGUGCAUCGGCUUUUUGAUUGCAGUGGCCAUAUGGCUGUUGAAAGGGAAGAAAGUCGUUAACGCAGAUGCCGAGGUGAAAGAAACGACAGUUGUCGUAAAUGAAAUGACACCAGAGAAAGUCGAAAAUCCCUCUGAAGAGAUCGCAGAACUCGAGAUUGAUGAGCCAGAACUCGAGAUUGAUAACUCUGAAAGACAGGCAGUCACUCAAAGUUGUCCCAUCAUCGACAUCAACAUCCAGAAAGAGGUAAAGCUAAAAACUACAAAGAAUGCUUGGAGGCCCUCGAUGAGGAAGUCCUCAGAGCUCUCUCACGCUGACGCCGAGGCUGCCAAGACGGCUGACUUGGUGAAGAAAGCGAGAGCCAUCCUUAAUAAGAUGACGCCAGAGAAGUUCGAAAAGCUCUGUGGACAGAUGACAGAACUUGAGAUAGAUAGCACUGAAAGGCUGUCAGCUGUCAUUGACCUUAUCUUUGAGAAGGCCAUCGAUGAACAGCAUUUUUCGUUAAUCUAUGCUCAGCUCUGUUAUGUUCUGUCUCAAAAGCCUGUCCAGAAGGACGCCAGCAACGGUGAUGCCUCGAAAGUAGGCUUUAAAAAUCUAAUGAUCACUAAGUGCCAGGCCGAAUUUCAGAAUAACAACAUGGAAGAAUUCCUGGCCAAAAAGGAGAGGGAAUUGAGCGAGUGCACUGACCCCGAGGAGAAGGAAAAUCUGAAGACGGAGCUGGAGUUGCAGGAGUUCAAGCUCAGAAAGAGGUCCGUAGGAAACCUCAAGUUCAUCGGUGAGCUCUACAAGCUGAACAUUUUGGUUACGCCGACGGUGAUGCGCAUUGUCGACACGCUCCUGAAGAAGGGAGACGAGGAGUCCCUUGAAAGCCUCUGUAAGCUGCUCACAACAGUCGGCAGCCAUUUGGAAGCUAACUGCAAGUUAAAUCCAAGUGCAUGCCAGGAACUGGAAGGUUAUUUUACAGCCUUGGACAGAAUUGCAAAGGAGCACCUGUGUGACAACCGCAUUAGGUUCCUCAUAAUGGACGUCAUCGAGCUAAGGCAAAGGAACUGGGUGCCAAGGAGGGCAGAGAACAAGCCCAAGAUCAUUGCUGAAAUCCACAAUGAAGCCAGGAAGGAGGAAAAAGCCCAGAUGCCCACAUACAGGAACCACGGUUUUUCUCACAAAGAAAACAGAAACGGCGUUCCUGUCUCCACCCAACCAGAGGCCGAGCUUAAAACUUCACAGAAUGCUUGGGAGCCCUUUAUCAAGAAGGCCGCCGGCGACGACAGGUAG